AUGCGUGAAAUCAUCUCUAUUCAUAUUGGACAAGGAGGUUGCCAAGUUGGAACUAGUUGUUGGGAACUUUUAUGCCUUGAGCAUAAUAUUGAUCCAGCUGGUUUUGAAUAUAAUAAAAUAAAUAAAAUAAAAAAUGAAUCAUUCAAAGCAUUUUUUAAUGAAAUUGAGAAAUCUAGAUAUGUUCCAAGAUCAUUAUUUUUUGAUUUAGAACCUUCAGUAAUUGAUGAAAUUAGAGUAGGUAUAUUUAGAAAACUUUUUCAUCCAGAUCAAUUAAUUAAUGGAAAAGAAGAUGCAGCAAAUAAUUAUGCCAGAGGAUUAUAUGGUCUUGGAGCAAAACAUAUUGAAGAAGUAUUAUCAAGAAUUCAAAGGAUGGCAGAGACAUGUAGCUCAUUAGAAGGAUUUAUUAUUUAUAGAUCAUUUGGUGGUGGUACUGGUUCAGGUUUUACUUCUUUGUUACUAGAAGUAUUAAAAGAUCAUUUUCCAAAGAAAUUAAUAAUUGAAUUUGUAAUUUACCCAUCUCCAAAUGUAUCUAGUGCUGUUGUUGAACCAUAUAAUUCUGUUUUAACAACACAUUCAUCUAUGGAUUUUAGUAAUUGUACAUUUUUAAUGGAAAAUCAAGCUAUAUAUAAUAUUUGUGAUAAUAAUCUUGAUAUUACUUUACCUACAUUUACAGAUCUUAAUAAUCUUAUUGCUCAACUAGCUUCAUCAAUAACAAUCUCUAUGCGAUUUGGAGGUUCAUUACAUGCAAAUUUAAAUGAUUUACAAACAAAUCUUGUUCCAUUUCCACGAAUUCAUUUUCCUAUAGCAUCAAUUUGUCCUUUAGUAUCACCAGAAAGAAUGAUACAUGAAUCAAUGUCUGUUAAUGAAAUUACUAAUAUGUGUUUUGAUAAAAAUAGUCAAAUGGUUAGAUCUGAUUUAAGAAAUGGAAAAUUUAUGUCAAUAUGUCUUCUUUAUCGAGGAGAUGUGACACCAAAAGAUGUUAAUGAAGCUAUUAAUAAAUUAAAAAAUAAAAAAUUGUUAAAAUUUGUUGAUUGGUGCCCAACUGGUUUUAAGAUAGGUAUUAGUUCAUAUGAAAUGAAAUCUAUACCAGGAAGUCAUAUUGGAAAUGUUCCACGAACUGUUUGCAUGGUAUCAAAUAAUACUUCAAUUGUUGAAAUAUGGAAAAGACUAAACUAUAAAUUUAAUAUUAUGUUUGCAAAAAAAGCUUUUGUUCAUUGGUAUUUAAGUGAAGGAAUGGAGGAGGGUGAAUUUACAGAAGCUUUAGAAGAUUUAAGUGCACUGGAAAUUGAUUACAAUGAAAUGAUGGUAAAUUCUAGUCAAUUGUUUGACAACCAAGAAUAUUAA